AUGCGCCGCUUUGAGAGAAUACACGACGUUGUCGAGCCCAUUGAGGAAUACCGCGUGGGAGGCUAUCAUCCAGUGCACUUGGGCGACAUCUUCCACGAGCGGUAUCAGAUCAUUGCAAAUGGGGCUACCGCUCGUUUGCCUCCCAUUUCUUUGCGAAGUCAACAUAAUGCGGCUUUCCGAUCUUACAUUGUGCCCCCUAGGCUACAGAAAGACGUCACCUUGAAAAUCAUCAAAGCAGACGCCUCAAAGACUAGCACAGAGCUCUCUAUCCUACUUCAACUAUCAAAGCUGGAAACAUCUCAACCGGGGAAAGAUCAAAUCAUCAGUGCUUUGGAGUUUCUCCACGUGCAAGACUUCGUUCAUACUGUUAAGACUGAUAAAAGUGCUCCUGAGUACCUGAUGGUGUCUCAACGUCCUUAUGGUCUGCUGGACGAAGCCGACGUUUCAACACUGAUAGUUAAGAUUGGUGAUUUAGGUGGAGCUGUCCUCAAUGGGGGCAAUUCUUCUGUUCCCGUCACUCCCAUGGCCUUGAGGGCGCCCGAGCUCGUUGAGAAACUUCCUUGGGAUUUCAAAAUUUAUGUUUGGUCUCUAGGCUGCUUGUUAUCUCCUUACUCUCCACUGUCUGGUUUGUUAUUCCCAACUGACGUGUAUCAAUUGAAUGGAAGUUUGAAAUCUCUCAUACUCAACUUCGUGGAGGGUGGAAGGGAUAAGUUCACUGUUUAUUUAGGUGAGAGACUGCCGCCUGACUUCGUUGCAGACAACUUGGAGAAAUUGUCGAGUUUCCUUUGGUCAAUGCUACAACACAACCCGCAAGAUCGAAUCACUAUGACCAACCUUUUAUUUCAUCCAUUUUUGAUUGAAUGA